AUGACCGAUCUCACUGCAGUCUCUGUCUUCCUCCUCCGGGGCUUCUCAGCUGUCCCGGAGUUACGGCUGCUCAGCGCUGCCACCUUCCUUCUCAUCUACCUCACUGAGAUUCUGGGAAACAUCGCUAUCAUGGCCGCCGUACACACGCCCAUGUACUUCUUCCUCAAGCACCUCUCCUUGGUGGAUAUCUGCUCCGUGUCCACCACCCUGCCCCAGGCCCUGGUGGCCACCACGCUGGGCUCCGGGGAGAUCUCCCUCCGUGAGUGUGCAUCCCAGCUCUUUGCCUUUGUCUGCCUUGGGUCCACAGAGUGUUUUCUCAUCACCUCCGUGGCUUUCGAUCGUUGCCUGGCCAUCUACAGGCCCCUGGUGUACAGAGCAGCCAUGAGCCCCGAGGCCUGCGUCUCCCUGGUGUCGGUGGUCUGGGGCAGCGGGCUCAUUUUCUCGGCCUUCCACACAGCCAACACCUUCUCCCUGCCCUUCUGUGGCCACGACGUGAUUGACCACUUCUCCUGUGACAUCCCCCCACUCAUGCGUCUAGCCUGUGCCAACACAGAUGCCCAUGAGGCUGCAGGAUCUGCAGUUAGCAGCUGUGUCAUCAUGAGCUGCUUUGGCCUCACUGUCUUGUCCUAUGUCCGCAUGUUGGCCGCUGUGUUUCAUAUCCACUCCACCGCUGGCCGCUGGAAGGCCUUCUCCACGUGCUCUUCCCACCUGGCCACCGUGCUCCUGUUUUAUGGCACUGGGAGCUCUGCCUACAUGCAGCCCAGCACCAGCUACUCCCUGAUGCAAGGGCGCAUGGCUGCUGUCCUCUACUCUGUCCUCACGCCCACCCUGAAUCCACUUAUCUACAGCCUGAGGAAUAAGGACAUGAAGGGAGCCCUGCAGAAGCUUUAUCCUCAGGGGCCAUUUUAG